AUGUUUCACUGUGGUAUGCGGCAAAUGGAAGAAAAACAUGUUGCAAACCAAGUAGAUCUCAUGGUUUGGAGUAAUCGUCUUGACUUGUUAGCACUCAGUAAUUUUAAAGGUGAGGUUCAAGUGCACAGACUUCAUUGGCAGAAAGUUUGGAAUUUAACUCCACCAAAAGAAAAUGUCUCUGUUGAUUCAAUGGCAUGGAGACCAGAUGGAAAGGCUUUGGCUAUUGGCUACAGUACUGGCACUGUUUGCAUUGUUGAUAUUGAAGAUAAAGAAAUUCUGGACAAAUAUGAUUUUGCAUAUGAUGUAACUGAGGAAUUUUACACAGCUCAAAACUAUGGAAUUCCAUGCAUAACAUGGGCUGUAAAAUCUGGAACACUUGAAAGUGCAGUAGAUUACAAUAUUUAUGAUGAUCCCACAAUAUUUUUACCCAAGCCACCAUCCCCAAGUAACACAUAUAAAAAUCAAAAUCCAGAUGAUAACAUUAAAAAUUUCAAAGAAAAUAUAGAUCAAAACCAAUUAAAUAUGUUAAUGAUUGCUUAUGGUACAGGAGAUAUUUACAUGAGUGUCUUUGGAAGAUAUCCAUAUGGAACCAUGCACUUGUCCCAGAUAACAAAAGAUGAAUGUGGGGAAUAUAAAAUACUUGAUAUCAAUUUAUCUGAAGAUUUUAGUAUAAUGCAAGUGCUAUACUUGGAUAAAACAACAAAUAAUAUUCAUUUAUCACUUGUAAAUACAAGUAUAUUGUCGGCAUACUCAGAAGAGCUAUUUACAGUUGCAAGUAAACAUGGCCAAGUAGUAAAUUUGAUGACACAUUUGGAUAAAACUAUGACUUCAAUAACUGAGGCUUGGGAACAUAUUUUAUUAGAAAUGGAUACAAAAAUGGCCUAUUAUGCAUCAUCAGUCCCUGAUGGAGGAGUAUCAGCUGAUUUAUUGGAAUUACUGAUGUUAGGAGUGCCAUCAGAUGAAUUAGAAGUGUUUCUGCUACAAGAAUUGACUGCUAAAGGCUUAAAGAAAUUUGGAAAUUCAGUUGAACUAAGCUAUUCCACUAUACAGAAAUUAGUUUUAAGGCAGCUAAAUAUUGUUGGACAAAGUCUCACUUAUUAUCUUGCAGAAUUAAGAGGCUUAACUAGAAUACCAGAUAGAUACAAGGUUCUAGGAUUAGAAGAAAAAUUGGUAACUGAAGCUAUUAAAGCAUCUUGUGCCUUUUUAAACAAAUGUCUUGAAUUACAACAAGUAAUUGAUGUAUCUAUGCGCAAUUAUAAAGCAUUCUUUCGAUGGCUUUUUGUUGUUAUUGUCAGGUUAUUAGAUGAGCAAACUUCAAGUGAAAUAGUAAAAAUUACUCAACAAGAACUCACUCAUAUUGCUGAAUUUUUGUAUAAUUUUGAUAAUGUACAAGUAGAAAACUCAGAAAACACACCCGAAAAACCUGUAAAAUUUAAUCUAGAACGGUUGGGACAAUAUUUACAAGAUCAAGACCUCACAAUAUUACCAGAUGAUGAUGAUAAUCCAUGGCACAAAUUCUUAAAAGAAAAUUCAUGCCUCUUAAAAGAAAAUGAUACUAUUUUUUCAAUGAUGGAUUUCAAAAAGUUCUCUUUAGUCCAACAGCAAAAUUUUUUAAAAAAAUCUGUUGGAAAAAUAUUUGAUGUUAGAAAUAAAGAGGUGGCAAAAUAUUUUACAGUAUUGUAUACUUUAAAGUGUUAUGAAAACUAUACCAGCUUGCCAAGUAAUAGCUUAAGGCUCUCUCAGAUAUUUGAUGCCAGUGAGGAAAGAUUUAUGACAGCCUUCACAGACAGUGAGCACCCUGGUGAAGGAAUACAUUUUAUAUGUGUUAAUGUCAAAGAAAGAUUUUGUAGUGCAACAGCAUCUAAAUAUUUCUUUACAUCACGUUUGUUACGAGAUGAGAAUGAUAUAUCUGAACAGGACCUUCCAAUUUUAGAUUUACAAUUUUAUUCAGCUGAAUAUCUCUCAGUGUUAGUAAAACAUCCUAGCUGUGGUUGUACAAUAUUUAUGCAAGUUCCUCUCAAAACUGUCUUAGAAAAUUCAAAUGAGUUUAAUAUGAAAUCAAAAUCCUUAAUUUUUAGUGAAAGAAUACAGAAAAAAAAUUAUUCACCCAUGUUAGAUGCAAGUGUCUAUAAAGUCCUAGAUAAAAUGGAUGGAUUUCGAAUUGCAGUUUCAGGUAAUCGGAAAGUAGCUGUUGUAUUAUCAAAUACUCAAAGGAAAGUGAGAGUAUUUGAGAUGGAAAUAAAUGGAGAAGAUGAGGAAGAUGAGACUCUGGACACUACACCACUCUCACAAGGAACACUUGCUAGUGAAAAUCAAAGCACUCCUGAUAAACAAAACAUUGAAGAUGUCACAUUC